AUGACCUUCCUCUGGCUCCUCUCCUGCUGUGCCCUCCUGGGCACUGCCUUUGGCUGCGGGGUCCCCAGCAUCCACCCCGUGCUCAGCGGUCUCUCCCGAAUUGUCAAUGGGGAGGAUGCUGUUCCUGGCUCCUGGCCGUGGCAGGUGUCACUACAGGACAGCACCGGCUACCACUUCUGUGGGGGCUCCCUCAUCAGCGAGGACUGGGUAGUCACUGCUGCCCACUGCGGGGUCAGGACCUCCCACCUGGUCGUGGCUGGGGAGUUUGACCAGGGCUCAGAUGCAGAGAGCAUUCAAGUGCUCAAGAUUGCCCAGGUCUUCAAGAACCCCAAGUUCAACAUGUUCACCAUCAACCAUGACAUCACCCUGCUGAAGCUGGCCACGCCCGCCCGCUUCACCCAGACCGUGUCUGCUGUGUGCCUGCCCAGUGAGGACGAUGACUUCCCGGCCGGCUCCCUCUGUGCCACCACAGGCUGGGGCCUCACCAAGCACACCAAUGCCAACACCCCUGACCGCCUGCAGCAGGCAGCCCUGCCCCUCCUGUCCAACGCUGACUGCAAGAAGUACUGGGGCAGCAGGAUCACCGACCUCAUGGUCUGCGCCGGGGCCAGUGGCGUCUCUUCCUGCAUGGGUGACUCUGGCGGCCCCCUGGUCUGUCAGAAGGAUGGCGCCUGGACCCUGGUGGGCAUCGUGUCCUGGGGCAGCGGCACCUGCUCCACCUCCUCCCCCGGCGUAUAUGCCCGUGUCACUGGCCUCAUGCCAUGGGUGCAGCAGAUCCUGGCUGCCAACUGA